AUCCCAGAAAGACUAAGACUCUAUGGUUAAAUAAAGAAAAAAAAAAAGGGUCUCGCCGACGUCGACGCCUGCGUAAAGGGUGAGGGGUGACCGCGCAGGCGCAGAAGGCCCGGCGUCAACGCACGCUGAGGGGAAGCGGCGGCGGCAGGUUCUGGUGCGGCCCGACUUGUGGGCAUCUCCCGGAGUGUAGAGAUCGGCGCGGGGACCUGUUUCGGGACCCUCACACACAUAUUUCAGAAUGCCAGGACUAAGUUGUAGAUUCUACCAGCACAAAUUUCCUGAAGUGGAAGAUGUAGUAAUGGUCAAUGUGCGGUCCAUUGCUGAAAUGGGAGCUUAUGUCAGUCUAUUGGAAUACAACAAUAUUGAGGGCAUGAUUCUUCUUAGUGAGCUGUCUAGAAGACGUAUCCGCUCCAUUAAUAAACUCAUCCGAAUUGGCAGAAAUGAAUGUGUGGUGGUUAUUAGAGUGGACAAAGAAAAAGGCUAUAUCGAUUUGUCAAAAAGAAGAGUUUCUCCAGAAGAAGCAAUCAAAUGUGAAGACAAAUUCACCAAAUCUAAAACUGUUUAUAGCAUCCUUCGCCAUGUUGCCGAGGUGUUAGAGUACAGUAAGGAUGAGCAACUGGAGAGCCUAUUCCAGAGAACUGCCUGGGUUUUUGAUGACAAGUACAAGAGACCAGGAUAUGGUGCCUAUGAUGCAUUUAAACAUGCAGUCUCAGACCCUUCAAUCCUGGAUGGACUGGAUUUGAAUGAAGAUGAAAGACGAGUGCUGAUUGAUAACAUAAAUAGGCGCUUGACACCACAAGCUGUCAAAAUUCGAGCCGAUAUUGAAGUAGCUUGUUAUGGUUAUGAAGGUAUUGAUGCUGUAAAAGAAGCUCUGAGAGCAGGUUUGAAUUGUUCCACAGAAAACAUGCCUAUCAAGAUUAAUCUGAUAGCACCUCCACGAUAUGUGAUGACCACUACAACCUUAGAGAGAACAGAGGGCCUCUCUGUCCUCAAUCAAGCUAUGGCUGUCAUCAAAGAAAAGAUUGAGGAGAAGAGGGGUGUUUUCAAUGUUCAAAUGGAGCCCAAAGUGGUCACAGACACAGAUGAAACUGAGCUUGCAAGACAACUGGAAAGGCUUGAAAGGGAAAAUGCCGAGGUGGAUGGAGAUGAUGAUGCUGAAGAAAUGGAAGCCAAAGCUGAAGAUUAACUUUUUGGGAAAAGGUGUAUGACUGGAGGAACACAGACCAGCCCUUCCUCGCCUUAGACACCCUAGACUUCAGAGUUUUCCAGUAUUGAAAACUUCAAAGCUGAAUAUUUUGUAUUUCAAAGUAUUUAAAUGUUUCAACAGACCAGCAUGUGAAAUGCCCUCCCAAAUGCUGGCUACCUUCACACAUUGAGCUCUUUUGAAGGGAGUGGCCUAAUUUCACUAGAGACUAAAACCUCACAAACUGAGAUCAUCCAAAUAAUUGGGCCUGAGGUUUUCCAUGUCUACUUCCCAUUGGCAGCCCCUCCCAUUUAGUGCCUCUUUGAAAUUUGCCAGGAGCACCAAAAGCAAACAAUUCCAAUCUUUCUACAUUCAUUGUAUUCAAACGAACAUUCAAUAAAUUUCUGGGAUAUUUAA